AUGUCAUCUACAUUACCUGCAUUUACUGACUUAAAUGCUACUUGGACAUUUAUUCAACCUGGAUUAGAAUUCAUUUUAGGUGCACAAAAUGAUCAAGGUGUAACUUCUACAAUGUAUAUGAAUUGUUAUACAGCAGUUUAUAAUUAUUGUGUAAAUAAAUCAAGACGUGGUUCAACUCCUCAAUCUAUUGCAAGUAAUACUGAAAAUAAUCUGUAUUCAUUAGCAGGAGCAGAAAUUUAUUCAAAAUUAGAGUUAUAUUUAGUACAAUUUAUUAAGAAUUUAAAAAAGCAACCAAAUGAAUCAUUUUUAGAAUUUUAUGUUAGAAAAUGGACAAGAUUUACUAUUGGAGCAGUUUAUAUGAAUAAUGUAUUUGAUUAUAUGAAUAGAUAUUGGGUUCAAAAGGAAAGAUCAGAUGGUAGAAAAGAUGUAUUUGAUGUAAAUACUUUAUCAUUAAUCAAAUGGAGAAAUGAAAUGUUUCAACCAAAUCAUGAAAUAUUGAUUAAUCAAAUAUUAGAAUUAAUUGAAAGACAAAGAAAUCAUUUAAUUGUUGAUACAAAUUUAAUUUCAACAUCUAUAAAAUCAUUAGUAUUUUUAAGUAUUGAUAUUCAAGAUUUAAAAAAACCAAAUUUAAUAAUUUAUGUUAAUUCUUUUGAAAAACCAUUUCUUGAUGCAACAAUGGCUUACUACUUAAAAGAAAGUUCAGAAUAUUUAGCUCAUCAUAAUGUUGUUGAUUAUAUGAAAAAAUGUGAAACAAGAAUAGCAGAAGAAAUUUCAAGAUCAAAUACAUUUUUAGAAGAUCAUUCCAAAAAAUCAUUUAUAAAUAUUUUAAAUAAAUCAAUGAUUGAAAAUCAUGCUAAUGAAAUGUAUGAUCAAUUUCUUAUACUUUUACAACAAAAUCAAAUUGAAGAUAUUCAAAGAAUGUAUAAAUUAUUAUCAAGAGUUCCUAAAACUUUAGAUCCUUUAGCUAAUGCAUUAGAAGAAUAUAUAAAACGAGAAGCAAAUUCAGUAAUUGAAGAAAUUCAAAAACAAUCAGAACAAGAAAUAAAAGAUGGUAAAAAAAAAGCAAUAGAACCAAAAAUUUAUAUUAAUAAAUUAAUUUCAAUUUAUAAUCAAUUUAAUGAUAUUGUAAUACAAGCAUUUAAUAAAGAUACAAAAUUCAUUAGAUCAUUAGAUAAUGCUUGUCGUUAUUUUGUAAAUAAUAAUUGUAUUGCAUUACCAAAACCAAGAUCACCAUGUAAAACUCCAGAAUUAUUAGCAAAAUAUGCUGAUGUAUUUUUAAAAUCGUCAUCAAAAGAUUCAGAUAUAGUAGAUAUGAAUUCAGAUAAUUUAAUGAUUAUUUUUAAAUUUAUAAAUGAUAAAGAUGAAUUUGAAGAAGCUUAUAGACGAUUAUUAGCAAGAAGAUUAACAUUAGGAACUUUCAAAUCUGAAGAAUUAGAAGAAAGUGUAAUUCAUAAAUUACAAGAAGAAAAUUCUAUAGAAUUUACAACAAAAAUGACAAAAAUGUUUUCUGAUAUGAAAGCUUCAGAAGAUUUAAAAUUAAAAGUAAAAUCAAAAUUAGCAAACGAACAAACAGUAAAAGAAUUUACUCCAAUGAUUUUAGCUCAAGCAAGUUGGCCAUUUACAUUAAGUAAAAGUUUUGAUUUAAAUAUACCUGAAGAAUUACAAAUUACAGUAAAUACAUUAAAAGAAGUUUAUUCAUCACAACAUCAAGGACGUCAAUUAAAAUUUUUAUUUAAUCAUGGAAGAGCAGAAUUAAAAGCAAAUUUAUCAAAAAAGGGUAAACCAGCUUUUACAUUUCUGGUUAGUAGUGUUCAAUUUAUGAUUUUAUUAGCUUUCAAUCAUAAAGCAACAUAUACAAUUGAUGAACUUCAUAAUAAAGUAGGAGGAGAAAAACAUGUAUUUUUAGCUCAUCUUUCAGCAUUAACAAAACAUAAAUUAAUUAUAGAAGAUGGAGAAAAUUUAACAAUUGUAGAAGAAUAUAAAUCAAAAAAAUUAAAAGUAAAUUUUGUAAGUUCUGUAAAAUCAACAUCAUUAAAUAAAGAUGAAGAAGAAGAAGAAAAUAAUGAUAUAAGAAAUGAAAUUAACGAAUCAAGAAAACAAUUUUUACAAGCUUCUAUAGUAAGAAUUAUGAAAUCAAGAAAAAAUAUUGCUCAUAAUUCAUUAUUUAAUGAAGUUCAAUUACAAUCUGUUAAUUUUGAAGUUAAAAUUAUUGAUUUUAAAAAAGUUGUUGAUGAUUUAAUUGAAAAAGAAUAUAUAAGAAGAGAUGGAAAUGGUUAUGAGUAUAUAGCUUAA